AUGAGCGCUUUGCCCGGCGGGACUGAGAGUUGGGCGUCGGCGACUGGCGGAAGCUGCUCCGGAGCGCAGGCGCAGUCCUUUCUCAGCCACGCCUGCGCAGUUGGGCCGGGAGGCCGGAGAACAAGGGAAGGGGACCCACCCGCGCAUGCGCACCCGGGGGAGGCGGACUCGCUGGCUCCUGCGCUGCUGGGGGGCGACGGAGGGCUGGUGAGUGGGGGGGGCGGGGUCCCGGGGAAGGGCCCCCUUUGUUCCCGGGGGGGACGGGCCGCCCUGAGGCUGGGGGGGGGGGGGUGGCCAGGGUGCUGUAUCGGUUGGGUUUCUGCCUCGAAGCAAGUGGGGAGCUGCCCCUUCCUCCUCCUCCCCCUGGAGGCAGCCGGGUCCUUGCGAGGGGAAGGGGGGUCUCUCUCUCUCUCUCUGUCCGGGGCGGUACCUGUUGAGUUCCUCCCUCUCCCCGGAGAAAGAGUUGGGGCGCGGAGGGGGGCAUCCUUUCCCCUUCCCCAGAACAUAAUGGAGGGGGGCAGAACAGGCAGAAGUCCAGCAGGUGCAGCCCUUUUCCAUGCCUGCAUCUCCACGUGGUACAUGGGGGGGGGGGGGAGAGAGAAGGACGUGCCUGUUGGAUGCAUGCCUGUCCAGCCAAACCCCCUGUGAGAAACCAUGAGGUCCCAGUUUUCACUGUUUCACUUUAUGCUAGGUUCCUUCCUUCAACAAAAGCCCCCCAGAUCCCAUGAGACAGGGGGGCUGCAACGCCUGCCUUUCUGGGUGCCCAUCCGAGAAGGUCGAGGUGUUGGAGGGACCCCUGUGCAGACCCCGUCCCUUGUGAGGAGCGUCUCUCUGGCUUCUGGGGAGCGGGGCACCAGCAUGGCUGGUUUUAUUGAUGCAGCACCCCCCAUGGGCUGGAGGGGGUUUGGGGUGGGGGAGACGCUCCAGGCAAGACCCUCUCCCUAGACUGGAGCGGGGAGCAGGAUAGAGGAUAUGGCCUCAGCAAUUCUGAGAAACAAACAAGCAAAAAUCAGGGCAGUUUUGAAAUCGGUGGUGAAAUCAGUGCACUUUGGAAUCAGUUUUUAAAAGUGUGGUGGUUUUGGAGUCAGUGGUUAAAAUUAGUGCACUUUGAAAUUGAUUUCCGCAGAGUGGAUGGGCAUGGUAAAAAAAAUGAAUUAUUAUUAUUGUUAUUAAAAGUAGCAUGGUUCUGGAAUCAGUACUCAAAAUCAGUGGGCUUUAAAAUAAGUACUGUUUUGAAAUCAGUGUGUUUUAGAGUGGUGCAGUCCCGAGUCUUGAUCCAAAAUGUCACCUGACGGGAUCCAAGCCCAGAGGUACAACUUGCUCCUUGAUUUGGGGAGCUGCCCUGCAGAAUGUGGAGAUAAUUUCCAAAGAGGCAUCCCAAUGCAAACAGACAAACCUUCCGUCAGUUCUACAGCGUGACCAUAUCUGCGAGAAAGGAAGGCGUAGAAGGAAAUCCAAUGAUGUCCUGGUUUUUGUCAGCUUCAAGGAGAAUAUUUCAGGACCUUCUCUAAGUGACAUUUGGCUUUCCCCAUACAGUGGUACUUUGGGUUACAAACACUUCGGGUCACAAACUCCUCUAACCCGGAAGUAGUUCCUAGGGUUAAGAACAUAAUUCGUUCUGGAGGUCUGUUCUUAACCUGAAACUGUUCUUAACCUGAGGUACCACUUUAGCUAAUGGGGCCUCCCGCUGCUGCCACACAAUUUCUGUUCUCAUCCUGAAGCAAAGUUCUUAACCUGAGGUACUAUUUCUGGGUUAGUGGAGUCUGUAACCUGAGGUACCACUGUAUUUAUUUACUUGCAGAAGUGCUCUGGCAAGCCAGUGAGGGUGUAAUGGUGAGAAUGUCAGACGGGGACCUGGGAGAUCAGAGUUCGAAUCCCCACUCUGUCAUGAAGCUUGCUGGGUGACCUUGGAGUCAGUCACAACCUCUUCGCCUCCUUCGCAGGGUUGUUGUAGGGAUUAACGGAGGAGGGGGUGAACCAUGGACUCCUUGGGAUAGAAAUGAGCUCUUCUGCUGAACCGCUUAGGGGCCAGCCAGACGGAGAUGCUCAUCUCCAACCUGGUGCCCAGAGAUCUCCCUGUAGCCCCAGUUGGACCUGGCAGAUUUUGAAUGCUGCCCGUUAACCCUUUGUGUGCUGCUGUUCUUUUCCAGCCACCAAGAGGAGUUCCCUGGAGCCCCAGCAUGGCCGAGAAGAGGCGCCUGGCUUUCUCCAUCAUCCAGUUCCUCCAGGACCAGCUGCAUCAUGGCGGACUCUCACCCGACGCCCAGGAGAGCCUGGAAGGUGGGGGGGGGGGCGGAGGACGGGCAAAUGGGAGCUGGAAAAAGCUCAGUUUGAUUCUAUGUUUUCCUGUUUAGGCCUCGGGGGCCCCUUUGACCCAACCUUCUCGCCCAACAUUUGACUCUUAAAAAUAAUAAUAAUAAUAAUUUAUAUCCUGCCUUUUGCCACGACAGGACACAAGGCAGCUUGCAGAUAAAACAGAAACUGCUAAAAAUAAAGGAAAACAACAACAACAAAUUUAUUAUUUAUAUGCCACCCAUCUGACUCGGUUACCCCAGCCACCCUGGGCAGCUUCCAACAAAUUAACAAAUUAAAAAGUGAUCAAACAUCGUUGAAAUUGAAACUACAUCUAUGUAGCUGUCGAUCGAUCGAUCUAAUCCAUUAAAACACACAACGCGGCACCACUGCUUCCUUAAAAGUGGACUGUUUUGCAGGGUGGGGUAAAUUUGAUUAAUAAUAACCGUCAUCAUAAUUUUAUUAUUUAUACCCUGCCCAUCUGGCUUGGUUGCCCCAUCCAGGCUUGUCUUUGCUGAGUGGGCACAGGCCUUUGAGAUUGGAAGCUGAGUGUCUCUGCCACCCUGGGACCUUCUGCAUGCCAGAAACGUGUCCUGCCACCGAGCCCCCCCCCCCCGCCUCCCUGUGGGGAGCAGGGGAGCAGGGUUAACGGGGCCCUUUGUCUCUCCUGCAGUCGCCAUCCAGUGCCUCGAGACAGCGUUUGGUGUCUCCACGGACGACCGCAGCCUCGCCUUGUCCCAGACCCUGCCGGAGAUUUUCGAAGCUGCUGCAGCAAAGGUAGGUGUUUGUGGGAGCAAGAGGAGGGGAGAAGGGGGUGUCUUUGCAGGCGGUGUUGCUGCCAGAGUGGGGGGAGACUGGGUGGGGGGAGCAGGUAGUCUGUAGUGGCAGCAUGACUGGGUUGGAUUGGUUGAGCGCUGGGGGACCCUCCUGGUGAUCCUGCCUGCCCCAAGAAGGGUCCUUUGGGCAGGCACCUCCUGAGCUCUGACUUUCUUCUCUCUUUCUGCCCUGGUGUGCCUCAGGAGCCACAGCCAAGCCCACCCCCCUCAGAGCCGGUCACCCCCUCAGAAGAAGAGGCCGCAGAGGCAGAAAGGCUGAAGGCCGAAGGUGAGACCCUCCCUCCGGGCAUUCCAUGCCAGCUCCAGCCGGGCUGCCGCACAGUGAGGGGGCCAGACGCGUCUCCAUGGGGAGGGAGCCCCACAGCUGAGGGCCUGCCAGGGAUCAUCACCCUCAUCCUCAGUGCUUUUUUCCAGGCGGUUCUCAAGGAUCUGCAGUACAGCACCUCUUUCUUUUGGUUAAAAAGUGUGGCACGUACUGAAACUACUUCAUCGUGAGCUCCAGCACCUAUUUUUCUAGAAAAAAAAGCAUCGAUAAUGAUGCUCUGGAUGCUUUAGCGGAGAUUCCUGCCUUGCAGGGGGUUGGGCUGGAUGACCCUCGGGGUCCCUUCCAACUCUAGGAUUUCCUUGUUCCCUUCUCAAUAGGAAAUGAGCAGAUGAAGGCGGAAAACUUUGAAAGUGCCGUCUCCUUCUAUGGGAAAGCCAUUGAGUUGAAUCCGUCCAAUGCAGUUUACUAUUGCAAUCGGUGAGCUGGUGGGGGAUGGGCAGAUCUUUCUCUCUUUCUCCACUUUUGUAGGGGUGUGUGUGUGUGUGUGUGUAAUGUUCUAUGUAUGUUUGUUUCUCUCUAUAUUCCCCCUUCCUGUCAGCCUGGAUGGCUCCAUUGCUUAGAGUGUGGUGCUGAGAAUGCCAGGGCUGCGGGUUUGAUUUCCGCAUGGGACAGCAGGGAGUUGGGCUAGAUGGCCCUCAGGGUCCCCUCCAAUGCCAUGAUUCUAGGGUGCCAUUUGUGUGAGCGCUGAGCAUCUUUCUUUCUCUCCUCCGCAGGGCUGCCGCUUACAGCAAGCUGGGGAACUACACCGGGGCCGUCCGGGACUGCGAGCGAGCCAUCCACAUCGACCCCAAAUACAGCAAGGCCUAUGGCAGGAUGGGGUGAGCAUCUUGGGGGGCGGAAGGUGGGGCGGGAGAGGUAAUUCCCCCUCCCCACUGGCCCCUCCAGCCUAAGUGGGGGACCCAGGAUGUGGCCUGUAAGGGAGAAGCCAGGGAACGGCUUUUGGACCUCAGGGUGCUCCUUCUCGGUCAGGCAACCUUCUCUCUCUCUCUCUCUCUCUCUCUCUCUCUCUCUCUCUCUGCCUCCUGCUCCCAGCUUAGCCCUGUCGAGCCUGAACAAACUCUCGGACGCCGUUGUCUACUACAGAAAAGCUCUGGAGCUUGACCCAGAUAACGAGACGUACAAGUCCAACCUCAAAGUCACGGAGCAGAAAAUGAAGGAGGCUCCAAGCCCGGUGAGAAGGAGAGGCAGCAGUGGUGCAGUGGUUAGAGCACCUGGGCCAGGACCCACAAGGGACUGGUGUUCACACCCCCACCCUCUUCCAUAGAGCCUCCAGGUGACCUAGGGGGCCAGCCGCUGCCUCUCUUGGUCUGGCCUCCCUUGCAGGGUGGCUGUGAGGAUUAAACGGGAAGAGAUCAGGGUGCAAAUCGCCACCUCUCAGACUCACCUGCCUUGCAGGGUCAUGGCAAGGAUGUCAACGGAGGGGGAGAACUUUGCACACCACCUUCAGCUCCUAGGAGGAAACAGUGGUGUGUAAAUCCUCCUUUUGCUCUUACACUGAGCAAAAGGUUCCUGCUUUGCGGGGGGCUGGACUAGAUGAUCCUUGGCAGUCCCUUCUGACUCUACGGUUCUGUUUGCCUUUCAGACAGGAGGUGCUGGAGGCUUUGACUUAGCCGGCUUGCUCAACAACCCUGGGUUCAUGAGCAUGGUGAGUCUAGCCCUGCUUCCUGAGCUGGUGUUUUGAUUUAUUGGAGGAAUAAGGAUCUCGUUGUUGUUGUUGUUAAAAUUUGUAUGCUGCCCUCUAACCAUAGAUCUUAGGGCACUUCAAAACAUAAAACUGCAAUAGAAAAAAAGACAGAAUUCAUAAUAAAAAUUUAAUAGUAAAAAGAAGACUUCCCAACCACUCUCUCUUUCUCUCCCCUCCACUUUUCUCCUUUAAAAAAAAUUUAAAACAGGCAUCAAACCUGAUGAACAAUCCGCAGGUACAGCAAUUGUAAGUAUGGGAAACACCUGAUUUUUAGGGAAGGGGGGGGUCUUUUUUUAAAGCUUCUUCUGACACCCCCGAAUGGCAGGGUCCCUGCAGAUUUCAGAAUUGCUGGAAGGAGAGCCAACUUGCCAUUCAGAAGAGUCUCCGAGGAUUGCUGCGCUCCCUGCCUUGCCGGGGGUUGGGCUGGAUGACCUUUGGGGGAACCCUUCCGACUCUCGCAACCUGUGACAAUGACCCCUUUUCUUUUCUCCUGCCCUCUUUGCUGGAAGGAUGUCUGGGAUGAUCUCGGGUGGCACCAACCCCAUGGCAGCGCCAGGAGCGGGCGCGUCCCCCAGUGACCUCGCCAGCCUUAUCCAAGCGUGAGUAGAAAGGUCUGGGCGGUCUCUCCCCUCCCGGCUCUGAGCAACAGCACGUGGCCCGCAGCCUUGCAUCGGCCUCCCUGCGUUCCCUCAAGGAUCUCCAGCUGGCUCUCCCUCCCUCCUCAUUUAAUCCCCCUCACAGCAACCCUGCGAGGUUGGUUAGGCUGAGAGGUAGCGGCUGGCCCCCCAGUCCAAGUGGGCGCGAUCUGAACCCUGGUCUCUCCCAGGUCCCAGUCCCACGCCCAAACUUUUUUCUCCGGGCCGCAUUUGCAGAACAAAAACUUGCUUGCACCAACCAGUCUUUUUUAUUGGUAAGAUAUGCAUUGGGGAAAACAGUGAAGAUAGUCUUAAUUUUGAAAAGAUAUCCAUCCAUAUUCUGCAAAUGAAAACAUGAUUUUGGUAGUUCCCUGGACUGAAAUGUUUGAAUGGGAAAUGCUUUGAGAUCUUAUGAUGAAGGGUGGUAUAUAAGUCAAUAAAAUAAAAUAAAAAAUGUUUCUUGGGUUGCCCCUGAACCUUCCUGCCACACUCUUGGAGAACUGCUGCUCCUUUCUCCCCUUUUAUUUUUAAAUCUAUUUUUAUCAGAUGAACCUGCAAUAAUUUGACCACAAAUACAUGCUUCCCAUUCAAAUAUUUUGGCAGGUGGUGUCCCCGAAUUCAAGCCACAAUAUUGCAGUCUCUGCCCGCAUUUGUGGUAUGAACUCUUUACCCUUCAGUAGGGAAUUCAAGUUGCGCAGAGUCUCCUGGCUAUGGAUUUAUUGAGGUUAUUAAAUCUUUCGAAGACCCCGGGACAGGUGGCCGGCUAUGAAUUUAUUAAAUUGAACAGAUUGCCUGGAUAUUCCAGCGCAUUUUGCAGCGGGAAAAUGCCCGGCAUCCUGACCAGGGGCCCUCCCUGACGUGCCUCUCUCCCUCUGCAGGGGCCAGCAAUUUGCGCAGCAGAUGCAGCAGCAGAACCCGGAACUCAUUGAGCAGUUGCGCAGCCAGAUCCGCAGCCGGACACCCAGCGCCAGCAAUGAGGAGCAGCAGGAAUGAGGCGGGUCGGAAGGUGUGUGCCGGGGACCUUGUGCGGGGCUCCGGGGGGGGGGGUUGACGUGCUAGCUGUCGCAGGGUGAGAUGGUCUCUGGUGUUCCCGGAAAAUGAUCAGACACAGGAGCAGACAGCCUGAUGUGGCAGCAGCUGCUGGGCUUCUUGUGGAGGCUCCAGCUCCAGAGGCAGUCUACCUGGGCUCCUAGGUCCUAUGGAGCAUUUGCCCAGUGUGGGGACAGGAAGCUGGGCUGGAUGCGCCCCCUUGCACCUGGUGCGGCACCCAGGUUCUUACUGUGGAGCCUCCAGGAGCAGGGGCAGUCUAUCCAGGCUCCUGCAAGGACAGGAAGCCUGGCCAGAUGAGCCCCUUUUGGCCUGAUCCAAAGGCUGGGAAGCCUGGCCACUCCAAGGACAGGAAGCUGGGAUGGAUGGAUCCCCUUGGGGCCUGAACCAACAGCCCAGGCUCCGUUCCUGUACAUAUGGAGCCUCCAGCUCCAGAGGCAGUCUAUCCGGAUUCUUCGGUUCUAUGGGGCAUGUCCCUUUUUAAAGAACAAAACCACCUGCUUUCCUUCCAGGGGUGCCCUUUGUCGGAAGAUGACCUCCUUCCUCGGCUGGACAGGAAAGAAGAUUUGAAACUGGAAAAGCCAUGUUUGUGUUGCUGUUUCUCCUGCUCAUGGAGUGCGGGGGGGGGGCAGGAAUGGGGGGGUUGGGGGGGACCCCCGAACCUGCAUGUUAGAGAGGCAGCUCCUCCCACCCCAGUAGUCUCCCCUUCCUCCUCCUGCUCCUCCUCCUCUUCCUCCUGCCCCCCUUGAGACCCCCGGGAAGAUCCACGACUGGUGCGGCAGUUUUUAAAUCCCAUUUUCUCCCGGGGAGAUGCUAUGUUUCCAGGGAAGAAGCCUCACUCCAGAACCACGGCCUUCUCUGGGGGCGGGGGCGGGGGGAGCAAACCCUCUCUCUUUCUUUAUUUUUGCAAAAAAACACCAACCCCCCAAAAAAUGGAUUUCUGUGUCCACCUCCCCGGGUUGUUGUCUCUGUUUCUUUCUCCCUUUGCCAGGCUCUUCCUUUGUCUGGGAUCUCUAGCGCAGGGCAAAAACCGGGGGGUGGGGGAGGGAUUUUUGCAUGGGAUCAUGUGUGUUUUGCAGGGUGGGGGGGCCAUGACUUUGGGAAAUUGCAGCUAAGGUGAAAAAUAGGAUAUUCUUUGUUUCCUCUCUUUCUUAAAAGAUCAUGGCGAUAUGCGUAGAUCUCUUUGUGGAGGGAGCACAGGUUAGCAACGUCUCGCCCCCCUUUUGGCUUCCAGAAGGUUUUUAAUUAAAAUAUUGGGAGGGGGAAUUUGGGGGGAUUCUUGCAUGUUUGUGAGCUUAGCAAAAGGAAAUUUUGGGGGGGCUGAGUUGACUUUAGUGUAGGAAGGGUGUGUGAAUGCCCCCGGGGCGUCGCCCUUGAGCACCCCCACCUGCCCCACGGAGGGUCGCCAUGAAUCCGGUGCCAAGAAAGUUGCUUUGCCAGAGGGGGAUUGCCCUCGAUAUUUUACAAGGCCUCUGGGAUAGAUGGACAGACAAGCUUCCUGCCUCCCACCCCCAGUUCGAAUAGAUGCGCACCCCCAAGCUGCAUUUCCAGAGACAGGGUCUGAUUUCUAAAGAUGAGUGGCUCUGCGGAAAAGAGGACCCUCUCUUCCUCUCCCCACUGCAGGGCCAGGUCAGGGCUUCCUCUUACAGUUGGGGGUCUCUAGCGACACCCCCAACCCCACUUUUCUGCUCCUGGUUUGCCCAGCCUGCAACCCGCCUUCUGCAGACCCUCUUCAGGAUUAGGGGUGGGGGCAAAUGGGCCCUCAGAAACUUGCCGUUCUAUCCCACCUCCUUGGUGCCCCACAUUUGGAGAAGGGGGUGCUCCAAAAAGGGGGCAUUGACAAUUUUUGAGAUGCCUUGUUGGGAAUAAAUGAUCCCUGGGGGGUUAAAAGGGGGAAAGGGGUUUGAGACCUCCCCCCCGCCACCCCCUAAGAGCUUUUCUUUGGAUUCCUUCAAAAUGUUUUUUUUUUUUUUAAUUACUAUUAUUAUUAAAGAAAUUGGCACUGUUUCCGUUUUCUUUUUUUUAACGUAGAAAAUAAAAUCCUUUGGACACUGUUGCUUGCUGUUGUCCCCCUCUCGAUUGGCCCCCAUCUAACCUAAAACAGGGAAUUAUUAUUAAUAAUAAUAAUGAUAAUUAAUUACAGUGGUACCUUGGGUUAAGUACUUAAUUCGUUCCGGAGGUCCGUACUUAACCUGAAACUGUUCUUGUUGCGUUCGCAAAGUAAAGGAAGGAUUGAACCCUGAUUAAUUAGAAUACACACAGAGGCUUGAACCAGCAAGACUCUGGGAAGGGUGCGUAUAAUCGUGUCUCUCUGUGCUUGUCCGUCAGAUCCCAGCAGCCCCUGGCCCAGGCCAUUUUAUUCACAAAAGAACUUUUUACAGAGUGUUCGUAAGAACCAAUCAGAUUUCCUCUGAGCAUUUAAACAAACCCACCUGGGGGAAAAGUUAGAUCAAAAGAAAUUCUUUUAACUACAAAGACUACUACUCUGAGCAUGCAUACAUAAUCUGAGAGUAAAUAAAAGAGGACUAGAGAAACUCCGGAGAUCACAAACAGGAGUAAACAAGAGAGGAUGGAAGGAUGGCAAGGAGAAAGGCAUCUUUAUCACCUUCCUGUGAAACUAUUUCCAGGCCCUAAGAUUAACAUCCUGCAUCAAAGAAACUUGCCCACUAUCUUUAUGGCCCAGGAUGCCUGCCUGGCGAAGCAACUGCUGUGUAUGUGACAUGUGAGGAGAGAAAAAUGGGCAGUAGAGUCAAAAGGGCAUGAAUGUAGAAUCUUAUGGGAUUUAAUCAGAAAUUAUCGUCAAUAUAUCAAACCCAGUCAACACAAUGCUUUCAUCGUGGACACGAUGGCUUGAUGUAUAUUUUAUAAUUCCUCAUGGUAAUCCCAUCUGAUCCCUACAUCUCACCCUUUUUUAUUUAUUUAUUAUUUAUGUACAGGAAUACUUAAGAGAGGAGAGGCAUUGUGUCUUCAUAAUCUGCCUGCAUGUGUUUCUGUAUCACAUAAAGAUCUCUAGCAGACAUUCCUGAAGUGAGCGUAAUAACCUUUGCCUAUUCUUUUCUAAAACUGAGCAACUAGGCUGGACCCAUGUCAGUCUGUUGAGGCAGCAUUGAGCAUCAGAUAAAUUUGCGGGAAUGUAGUUAUAACUUCUUUGAUGACACAUGAAAAACCAGCCAUCUGGUAAACGCACAUGAGCAUAAUUAAAAGUAAUCUGCUGAACACGU